AAGAAUGAAUGAUAAGUCCUCUGCAUUGAGUGUCCCUUCAUUUUUAAAUAUUACCCGAGAUUGUUUUGGUCAUCCCGCAUCGAAAAUUAGGUUUUCCGUUAAAGCUACAGUAUGCAUAUUCCACUUGACUUUUUCCUUUCGAUUCGUCCUGCAUUAUUUAAUUUAUGUAUUGUCUUUAUUUUUUUUUUUAAGAAACCGUUGCGACCAGAGCUCUUCGAUUUCCAUGGAGUGCAAAUGAUUCACUACUUCACAGACAACUGGGAGGCUGUCCAAAACUUUCAGGCCAGGCCAGAUGAUAUUCUUAUUGCUACUUACCCCAAAGCAGGAACCACAUGGGUGUCCUGCAUCCUGGACCUGCUCUACUUUGGUCAGACGUCUCCAGAGCGUCAGACGUCCAUCCCCAUUUAUGAACGAGUGCCUUUCCUGGAGAUCUUUAUCCCGUCUAGAGUGUUAGGAGUGGAUCAGGCAGAAAAGCUCCUUACGACUCCUCGUCUGAUUAAAACUCAUUUUCCAGUCCAGUUUGUGCCAAAGUCCUUCUGGGAGCAGAACUGCAGGAUGGUCUAUGUGGCCCGAAACGCCAAAGACAGCAUGGUGUCUUAUUUUCACUUUGAUCGCAUGAACACAGUUCAGCCAGAGGCUGGAGACUGGAAGGACUACUUCCAGAGGUUCAUCAAGGGAAAGAUGGUGUUUGGAUCCUGGUACGACCAUGUGAGUGGAUGGUGGAAGAAGAAACAGACACAUUCAAACAUCCAUUACAUGUUCUUUGAAGACCUGGUGGAGGAUACUGGGCGGGAAAUAGACAAACUCUGCAGUUUUCUUGGUUUGUCUCCGUCAGCAGAGGUGAAGAAGCAAAUUACAGGUGAAGUGCAGUUCGACAACAUGAAGAAGAACAGCAUGGCCAAUUAUUCCACAGUCCCAGUGAUGGAUUUCAAAAUUUCUCCCUUCAUGAGGAAAGGGAAGGUUGGCGACUGGAAAAACCACUUCACGGUGGCUCAGAAUGAAGAGUUUGAUGAAGACUACAGGAAAAAGAUGAAGGACUCCACACUUCAGUUUCGCUCUGCGAUCUGAACAACACUGAUGUUUGUCUU